AUGGCGUUUCUAUGUCCCAGUAGAUCUGUACGAAAUAAAGACAAAAAGCCUAAAGGUAAGAAUUUUCAUUACUAUAAAAAGCGUCAGUCUGUAGUGCCAUAUUUAGGAAGAAUAACAGGAAGUGCCAGCAUUGAUACCUUAGUUAGAGUAGGUCUGGAGAAACAACAUGGUUUGAAGGCUGAUUCCAAAAUGGUGGCUACACAUGAUUUUUUAUCAUGCACUCAAAAUGAAGUGGAAAUUCAAAAAGGGCAGGAAGUUUACCAACUUUACAAAGAAAAUGGGUGGUCUUAUAUUAUUAGAGAAGAUGGAAAGGAAGGGUUUGUUCCCAGUUCUUUCCUAAUAACAUAUAAUACACAUAAAAGACGAUCUGUAUUAUCAAACAAUGAGAAUGAUUUUACUAUUUGGGAAAUAGAUGAAGAUGAUAAUGAAGAAAAUAUAGAAGAUAUCGAAUUCUCAACAGAAUUUAAAACCACACCAAGUGAUGAUAAAUAUGUGGUACUGUAUGACUUUCAGAUAGUCAAUGAAAAUGAUGUUAAUGUGAAACGUGGUGAAAUAGUAACAGUCUUAAAUACUGAUGAUAAUAAUUGGUCUUGGAUUAGUAAAUCUAAUAAUCAACAAGGUUUUAUACCAUCAUCGUUUAUAUAUUUAUUACCAAGAUAUCUCUAUUGCACAGGUAAAUACCAAAUUAAUAUCAUACCUAUUAAAAUUAAUAUUCAACCAUCAGACAAUGUGAUGUAUGAAUCAAGUUCACCAGUACAAGAACAAGUUAAACCAUCUUCACCAAACUAUAUAAAGAAGGUUAUAUCAGCUAAUUAUACCAGUAAGACACAGCCCUAUCUAACAGUAACUAAAGGUGAAAUAGUGUUCAUAGACUAUAAUAAUCAGACUAAUUCUACUUGGUUAUGGGUUUAUUCACCUAAAUCUAAUAUGUAUGGCAAUAUUCCUGUUUCUUUAUUGAAAGAUCCUCAUUCUAUAGAACAUCAGUUUUCUAAUAUAGCCUUAGUGUGA